CGCGAGAGUUGGAAAUGGGAGAGAGACUGAGGGGACGAGAGGUUGAAGGAGGACAGAGAGAGAGAGAGCAAGAGAGAGAGAAAGGUUUAAACUUUAGAGAGUAACCUCACAUUAGCCGACAGUUCCCAGCUAGCUACCAGAUCGGGAGUAUGGAGUCGCGGUGGCACGCGGUGAUGUUAGUGAUCCUUCUCGGUUGCUUCCACACCACCGUCAACGCGGAGCAGCAAACCCUGUCUCCCGAGAACCUGUUGGUGAUAACUGCUGCUACAGAGGAGACAGAUGGCUUCAACAGGUUCAUGAGAACGGCCAGGGAGUUCAACUACACUGUCAAGGUGCUGGGUCUGGGGGAGGAGUGGAAGGGGGGCGAUGUGGCUCGCACUGUGGGUGGUGGACAGAAGGUGCGCUGGCUGAAGAACGAGCUGCUGAAACAUGCCCACAACAAGGACCUCAUCAUCCUCUUCGUAGACAGCUACGACGUGCUGCUGGCCAGCGGCCCGGAGGAUCUGUUGUGGAAGUUCUCCAGGAUGAGUCACCGUGUGGUGUUCUCUGCAGAGGGGUUCUGCUGGCCCGACCAGCGCCUGGCCCCCAAAUACCCCCCCGUGCACACCGGCAAACGCUACCUCAACUCUGGAGGGUUCAUGGGCUACGCUCCUGAGUUGGCAGAGAUCGUACAGCAGUGGAAACAUAAAGACAAUGAUGACGACCAGCUGUUCUACACCAAGAUCUACCUGGACAAAGCCCAGCGGACAAAGUUCAACAUGACUCUGGACCACCGAUCAAGAAUCUUCCAGAACCUCAAUGGAGCCCUGGAGGAGGUGGUGCUGAAGUUUGAGAAGGCUCGUGUGCGUGCCAGGAACGUGGCCUAUGACACGCUUCCUGUGGUCAUCCAUGGUAACGGCCCCACCAAGCUCCAGCUGAAUUACCUAGGCAACUACGUUCCCAUGGCGUGGACUCAUGAGACAGGAUGUGGAAUCUGUGACAAUGACCUCCUGUACCUCACCGACCUCCCUGAUGAGGAGAUGCCCCUGGUGUUUGUGUCUGUGUUCAUAGAACAGGCCACGCCCUUCCUGGAGGAGUUCCUGGAGAGGCUGACCACCUUCAACUACCCCACCAGCCGCAUGAAGCUCUUCAUCCACAACAAUGUGGUGCACCAUGAGAAGCACAUCCAGCGCUUUUGGGAGCGUCACCGUUCUGAGUUCCCCGGGGCCCGGCUGGUGGGCCCAGAGGAGAACCUGCAGCAGGCCCAGGCCAGGACCAUGGCAGUGGAGGCCUGUAAGAAGGACGUAGAGUGUGAUUACUACUUCAGCAUCGAUGCAGAUGUAGCUGUGGUGAACCCAGACAUCCUGCGCAUCCUCAUAGAGGAGAACAAGGCCGUCAUCGCCCCCAUGCUCUCCAGACACGGCAAGCUGUGGUCCAACUUCUGGGGUGCUCUGAGUCCAGAGGGCUUCUACUCUCGAUCUGAGGACUACAUCGACAUUGUACAGGGAAAGAGAGUGGGGCUGUGGAACGUCCCCUACAUCACCCAGGUGUACCUGAUCCAGGGCUCAGUGCUGCGCGGGCGUCUGCUGCAGGCCAGCCUCUACAGCCAGGACGGCAUGGACCCAGACAUGGUGUUCUGCAGAACCAUACGAGACCAGGGGGUGUUCAUGUUCGUGUCUAACAGGGAUGAGUUUGGACGCCUCGUCUCCUCGGCCAACUACAACAUCAGCAGACUGCACCCGGACAUGUGGCAGAUAUUUGACAACCCAGUGGACUGGAAGGAGAAGUACAUCCAUGAGAGCUACUCCAAGAUCUUUGAAGAGGAAGGAGGCAUGGUGGAGCAGCCCUGUCCUGAUGUGUACUGGUUCCCAGCGUUCUCUGAGAGGAUGUGUGAUGACCUGGUGGAGACCAUGGAGGACAAUGGAGGCUGGUCUGGAGGAAAACACACGGAUGAGCGCUUAGCGGGGGGCUAUGAGAAUGUGCCCACUGUAGACAUCCACAUGAACCAGAUCCACUUUGAGAAGGAGUGGCUCAAGUUCCUCAAGGAGUACAUCGUCCCUGUCACAGAGAAACUGUACCCUGGAUACUACCCUAAGGCCCAGGCGGUGAUGAACUUCGUGGUGAGGUACAGACCAGAUGAGCAGCCCUCUCUUCGACCUCAUCAUGACUCCUCCACCUUCACCAUCAACAUCGCUCUCAACAGCAAGGGGCUAGACUACCAGGGCGGAGGGUGCAGGUUCCUGAGGUACGACUGCAAGGUAGAAGCUCCUCGUAAAGGCUGGUCCUUCAUGCAUCCUGGCCGGCUCACCCACUACCACGAGGGCUUGCCCACCACCCAGGGAACCAGAUACAUCAUGGUCUCCUUCGUAGAUCCCUAGACACACACACACACACACACUCACAUCUCACCAUGCUGCCUUACACGCCCUGUCCUGAGGGGUCACAAACUACUCAACACUCCAUCUGUGUUUUGUGCGUCUGUUUGUGUGUGUGUGUGUGUGUGUAUAUUCUCAGAGAGCGUGUUGCGUCUGUGUGAACGUGUGUGUGUUCUGGUUGUGUGUGAGUGUGUGUGUGAGUAAUUUAACAGUUUGCUGUCAUUUUCCUCUGAGGACGGUGUCGGGGUUCACAGUGUUGCUAUGGUAACCGACAGGUCAUAGUCGGUACACUCCAGAUGGAAUGGUUGUCACGGUAACCAUAGAGCUCACGCACCAAGACCCAAACACUCUAGUGGGUUUUUAAAUCAUGUUUUAUUGUGUUUCAAAAGAUUUAUUUUGUAUUUGUUUGGUGCCUUUCUUGGUAUAUAUUGUUUGAUUUGAUGUGUUAUUCAGCCUCACUUCUGUCUCUGGGACUCGUCAUGUUGUUCAUAUCUACAGCUUUGUACAAAGGGCAUUAAAUUAUUUGUUACCAUUGAGAAAUCAAUUUUUGAAUUUUAAUAAAUAAUUUUCUGUA